CUGACUGCUAAAUUGGAGGGAAACCGAGUUAGCGAAACUCACGUGUCUGCGUUAUCAAGAAUUAUGAGUUUUAUGAACCAGAGAUACUUUUACGUGUGCACCUCUGUCGUAGAUGGUAUCAUCGGACUGAUAAUUUCGUCUACAUCAUGGAAGGUUAAUUCAAAAGAACAGUUGCUCCUCAUCAGAGAAAAGUACUUUGAGCUGAUUAAGUACCACUUUUUCUUGCAAAAAACAGAAGCAUUCGUUAAUGAUUGUUUCAGUUUGAACACAUCGCAUCCACACCAAGUAGUCACAGCUAAAGCUAAUGAUAAGUGGGGGAACACCUCCCUCAGCAGGUCCUGCGUUGAGAAUUGUACCGGGAAGUGCUGUUCUGUUGUAUUCUUUACAUCGCCAGCUCUUAGGAUGAUGGAAAGAGGUGGGAAGUCUGAUCACUUGUGAAUCCUGACUGAUUUACUGCCGGACCCUUAGCACGGAGCAUGACUUGGAUGUUUGAUAUGGAAGUCGUUAAGUUUUGGGUUACAAGUUCGGGUCAAGGCUUUCUCUUUCGGACAUAGGCCGAAUAUAAGAUGCUGAGUGAGAUAUUGCUUAAUCAUCGCCUUGGGAUUGAUGGCGCUUGCGAAGACAAAAGGUACGUCUGGGUCCUGGAGUGCUUAUUGAGGAAGACCACCUAGU